AUGGCGGCUGAUAUGGACAUCGACUUUACGCGCCGCAACAAGAAGCCCCGCCCGCUGACGGAGCACGAGAAGGACAAGCUGGAAGAAUUCGUCGAGGCGAUACAUUACUCUUCACGAUACUCGGAUGAGGAGUAUGAGUACCGACACGUGCAGCUGCCGAAGCAGAUGCUCAAGCAGAUACCGAAGGAGUACUUUGACGGGAGCCGAGGCACCCUGAAGCUGCUGUGGGAAGAGGAGUGGAGGGCGCUGGGCAUCACCCAGAGUCUCGGAUGGGAACACUACGAGGUCCAUGAGCCCGAGCCGCAUAUCCUGCUCUUCAAGCGACCGAUCAACUACCAGCCGCCAAUGCACUGA